AUGGACAUGGUGCGUGGCUCGCGUCGCGCUCGUCAUGUAGCUGCCAACACUGCUGCAGCUGCUGCUGCUGACGGGGAAGCAGGAGGGAGCUCGACAAGACACCAGCAACGGCAGCAGCUCGCAGAACAGCAAGAGGAAACUGCUGCGGCGCAUGCUCACGCCGAAACAACGCCCGUUGCCACAGCCACCAGUUCUACCACCACCACCACCACCACCACCACGCCGGUGUUGCGGCACGGUCCAGAGGCUGUGCCGCAGUUACAGCCGUAUCGGCAGCGACCACGGCAGCAGCACCCGAACCAGGUGACGCCCAGGUACUCCCGCCGUACACCCGAUCAGCAGCAUCUCCAGGAUGCCUCAUCGCCAGUGAUGACAGGGCCGGCUCCUCAUCCCUUUCGAUUGCAUAGGACUGCACAGUACACCAGCACGCGGCUCAGCAUGCCCUACGACUCGGAUGAAUCGAGCUCAGAGCCGGAUCUGAGUGUUCUUGCCAUGACCAGGGCGCGUCAUGGCGCUGGACAGCAGAUGAACACCUUGACACAGGACGAGGAAGCGCUGCCGGAACAAGCCCAGCACGAGGUACAAGGCGCCAGCGUUGCCAGACAACUCGAAGACGAAGAUGAAGACGAAGACGACGACGAAGACGGUGAAGAUGGAAUGGAAGACGAGGACGACCAAGAGUCGGAGCAAGAAGAACCCCUAAAUUUGGUGGAUCCUGCAGACGUGGGACUAAAGGAGAUUUCCAACCUAGGCCGGUUCACCGUCAGUAGCCACAAGCCAGGGAACGGGGUUGAGGAGCUGCGGAGCGACGAUCUUAAGCUGUACUGGCAAUCCGAUGGCCCUCAGCCCCAUAAAUUAACCGUCUACUUUGUCAAGCGGGUUGGUAUCCGCGACAUUCGCUUCUUCGUCGACUACAACGAGGAUGAGUCCUACACCCCCACCAAAAUCGUCUUCAAAUCAGGCACAAGCGAGAAUAGCCUGAUUGAGUUUGCGACCGUGACCAUGGACAGUCCCGUCGGGUGGCAGCAAGUGCCCAUUGCUGGGACCGGGGGCGAACCGGACGGCAACACGUUGGUCUCGUAUGUUUUGCAGAUGCAGAUCCUGGAGAACCACCAAAACGGCAAGGAUACCCACCUAAGGGGAAUCAAGAUAUACGCCUUUGACGCCGAUGCUGCGCAGGCGGGACACGCGGGCGCUGCUGACGACAUGUCUGAUGCUCCUCAACCGGCUCAGGGUUGGCCGAAGCCUGACGUUAGUGAUGAGCUGGGCGACAUUGCGAGAAGCCUGGCUGCGGCCAGGUUGGAAGGUGCAGAUGCCGGGUUCGUGCUUCCGGAUUUUAUGAAGGAACCCGAGAUCCGGUAA